GGUCGUUCCCGUCUGAAGCGAUCGCUUUGACGAUAACACACGUAUCACGCGCCCUAUCCACGCGUUCUCGGGGCAACCCUUUAAGGUUCAUGAUUACAUUUGAUCACUCGCGUUCCCUCGCGGUUGGAUUCCACAAUCAGUAAGCUGCUCCAGCUCGUUGUAUAGAAGCUGCCAAAGCUCUCUCUUCUUCCUCCUCCAUUUCAAAUUCUGAGACGAAGUGCGGCUCUGCCUUACCGCUGCCCAAGUAUAUACUGUCCUUCUUCACCACCAACUCUUCUUUGACUCUUUCCGAAUCAUUCGCCUCCUUCGCUCCCUCGCUCCUCCAUCACGAAUUCGACCACAGGCCUCACCAUUUCGAUUCCAUUAACAGCAGCCUCCACCACUCUGCCGAUCAUGACAAUCCCAUCCCGAUGGUCGGUGCCCAUCCCGCGCUGCUCACUGCAACAAUGGAUCUUUGGCUCUGCGUGUGGUCCGCUCCCGGAUCACAAAGCCUUCAUCGACCCUGAGAACCCAGAGACCAAGUUCUUGACCAUGAGCAACUACCGAUUGCUCGCGAAGCGUGUUGCCUUGGGUCUGAAGAAGGCCGGGCUAAAGGAAGGAGACCGGGUUCUCAUCUUCUCUAAUAACAACCUCUUUUUUCCCUCGAUAUUCCUCGGCGUUCUUAUGGCCGGUGGCAUAGUGACCGGCGCCAAUCCAGGAUUCGUCCCCCGGGAGUUGGCCUACCAGUUAAAGGACAGCGAGUCGAGUUUUUUGUUCGUUGCUGAGCACGCCAUCAAGACGGCCUUUGAGGCUGCCGCCGAGGUGGGCUUACCAAGGGACAACAUAUUUGUACUCGGAACAAAUACCACUCCUUCGGCAUCCAUGCUUGCGCAGUCUCCCACUGCCUUCCCAGGCGUCAAAGGGCGAGUCGACGGCGCACGCCACUGGACAGAACUCCUGGUCGACAACCUCGCCCAGGCCGAGACAUGGAGCUGGGAAGAGCCCUCCAAUCCGGAAGAGACCACGUGCUGCCUCAACUACAGCAGCGGCACCACGGGCGUCCCCAAGGGCGUCGAGAUCAGCCACCACUCGUACGUCGCCAACGGCGUCGGCGUCGGCCACAUUAACAGACUGCGCCCCGACUACGCAGAGAAGCAAAAGACGGACUGCGGGCUGUGCUUCCUCCCGCUCUACCACGCCUACGGCCAGACCUAUUUUAUUGCCAACCUCCCGCACCUGCACAUACCUGUCUACGUAAUGCCCGCAUUCGAUUUCGCCAAAAUGCUCGCCCACAUCCAGCGCUUCCGCAUCACCCUCCUCUCCGUCGUGCCGCCUAUCGUCGUCCUGCUGGCCAAGCACCCGCUCACGCGGAAAUUCGACCUCUCGUCAAUCGAGACCAUCGGUUCGGGCGCCGCUCCGCUGACCCGCGAGGUCUGCGAGGAGGUCGAACGCCUGUUGUCCGGCCCGGGCCGUGAACUGUACGUGCGCCAGGGCUGGGGCAUGACCGAGGUGACGUGCACGUCCAUGUCGUGGGAUCCCACAACGACGGCGGGGCCGUCGGCCGGCGUGGGCGAGGUGUACCCGAACUGCAAGGCGCGGCUGAUGGCGCUAGACGGCAGCAAAACGGAGAUCACGCGGGCCAACGAGCGCGGCGAGCUGUGGGUUACGGGCCCGACACUGAUGCGCCGCUACUGGCGCAAGCCCGAGGCCACCGCCGAGACGAUUGUUGUUGACGCCGACGGGACGAGGUGGUUGAAGACGGGCGACGUCGCGUUUGUGGAGGAGUAUAGGCCCGGCGGCAUCUUCCACGUCGUAGAUCGCGUCAAGGAGCUGAUCAAGGUCAAGGGAAACCAGGUGGCGCCCGCAGAACUGGAGGGCAUCUUGCUGGAGAACCCGGAUGUGGCGGACGCGGCCGUGGUUGGGGUCACCAUGGGAGGCGAGGAGGUGCCGAGGGCCUAUGUGGUGCGCAGCCCCAAAUCCAGGGCGUCUGAGGGGGGCGUGGCCAGAUGGAUGGAGGGUAAGGUCUCGCGGUACAAGCAGCUGAAGGGCGGUGUUGCCUUUGUGGAUGCCAUUCCUAAGAACCCGUCUGGCAAGAUCCUCCGCAAGCAGCUCCGGGAGCGAGCGCAGAAGGAGGUGGGUGACAGUGCGGCCAAAUUGUCUCGGCUCUGAGGUUGGCAUGAUGCAUCUGCAGUGGUGAGGAGGAGUUGGAUCCAGUGUCCCUUCAGACGACAGCCACGGCUCCCUUUUUUAAUACGCAGUCACCGACAUGCUGGGAAGGGCGAUUAACCCUUCAAGUUUGGUGGUGGAUUGGGUGCUACCUUGAUUUUGUUCAGUACAGAGGCACAAAGAGCUCAGUGGGGGUGACGUGUUAC